CCUAUUCCUCCUCCCGGGUGUUGGUGCUGUCACUAUGGCAACGAGCAUGCGCUAACCAGGGCUCAAUUCUCUGGCCGUUACCGACCACCGCUACUUCACUUGUCGCGGACCGGGCCGCCACGGCGUGUCCCACCUACCCUGCAGGGGCAGCAUGGCGAAGGCGACCGCCUCCUCGCCGCUAGAGGACUUGGACCUGAGCGGAGACGAGGUACAGCGGCUCACCUCCGCCUUCCAGGACCCAGAGUUCCGGCGGCUGUUAUCCGAGUACGCCGAGGAGCUCACAGACCCCGAAAACCGGCGGCGCUACGAGGCGGAGAUCACCGCGCUGGAGCGUGAGCGCGGAGUAGAGGUUCGGUUUGUGCACCCGGAGCCAGGCCAUGUGCUGCGCACCAGCUUGGACGGAGCGCGGCGCUGCUUUGUGAACGUGUGCAGCAAUGUGCUGGUGGGCGCGCCGAGCAGCCGGCCCGGCUCCGGGGGCGCCGCACCCGGCCACCACUGGUCCUUGCCCCACAGUCUGGCUCCAGGCCGCGAGUACGCGGUGCGCCAGGGCACCCGCUACACGGUCUACGACGUGGUCUUCCACCCAGACGCGCUAGCGCUCGCCCGGCGCCACGAGCGCUUCCGCCACAUGCUGGACGCCACGGCACUGGAGGCCGUCGAGAAGCAGUUCGGCGUGAAGCUGGACCGCAGAAACGCCAAGACCCUGAAGAUCAAGUACAAGGGGACCCCAGAGGCCGCCGUGCUCCGCACGCCACUGCCCGGGGGUGCCCCGGCCCGGCCCGAGGAGGAGCCGGAGGGCCCUCUUGCCGAUUUCCCUUACCCCUACCGGUACCCGGCAGCCUCCAGGAACUCUGCUGUGCCGCAGCCCCAGGCGGCCUCCUCUCCUGAGCCGGCCCCACCCCUCGCCCCCACCGAGCCUCUCUACCGCGUGGUGCAGCGCCACCACGUGGACCUGCAGGAUUACCGCUGCUCCCGGGACUCGGCUCCGAGCCCAGUGCCUCGCGAGCUGGUAGUAACCAUCGAGCUGCCGUUGCUGCGUUCGGCCGAGCAGGCGGCUUUGGAGGUGACGGGAAAGCUGCUGUGCCUCGACUCGAGGAAGCCUGACUAUCGGCUGCGGCUCUCACUCCCGUACCCAGUGGACGACAGCCGCGGCAAAGCGCAGUUCAACAAAGCCCGGCGGCAACUGGUCAUCACGCUACCAGUGGCGCUACCUGCCGCGCGCCGGGAGCCCGCCCCGGCGCCGGAAGGGUCGGCGGACCCAUCCGGAACUGCAGGCGCCGCAUGCGUUUCCGCUCGCCAGGGGGAGGUAGGCCUGGCUGGGGGUCACGCCGGAGACGAAGACUCGUCCGCGAACCGGGGGCCCGCCGCGGCGCCGGAAGGGUCGGCGGACCCGUCCGAAACUGAAGGCGCGGUAUGCGCUCCCGCUUGCCAGGAAGAGGCAGGCCUGGCUGGGGGUCACACCGGAGACCAAGACUCGAGUCCCAGCGGUGUCGGGGCUGCAGACGUCCGGGUCGCCACCCCGAGUGCCCCCGAGGCGGCGUACUCGUCAGCCGGCACUGGGGAGGAGCUUGUCCCUGAGCCAGAAGAGCAAGACUUCGGUGGGCAAGCGGGCCCGCCGCUUGACAUUCGGGAGGAGCCGCCUCCAGAAACAGGAAGCGGAUAUGGGGACAGUGGCGGAUGCUCUUCUUGUAUGUCAUCCGGGGACCUUGACGCGGGUUCUUCAGCAGAAAGAGGGGGUGCAGGCAGAGAUCUGAGUGUGGAGACGCGCGUGGACUGGGAAGGCACUGGCAGGGAGCCCUCUGACGGAGCCAUGGUUGGUCCCAGGAUCGAGAGCGGGGAACCUUUGUGUCCUCCUUUGCAGUGUAAUCAGGAUGAAGAAUCCCUGACUCUGCUAAUUCAAGUGCCUCGGAUCCUGCCUCAGAGUCUUCAAGGGGAUUUGAAACCCCUCCGGUACAAAUUGUGCUUCUCCACCCAAGACUUUAUUUACUAUUCCUUCUUUUUGCAGUUUGCUCCAGAGAAUAAAUUGAGUACCAAAGAACCCGUGAUUAGCAUUUCUUCAAACAAUGUAGUGAUAGAAUUGGCUAAAUCUCCAGAGAGCCAUGGACAUUGGAAGCAGUGGUAUUAUGGUUUAAACAACGAUUCUUUGGAGGAAAGGUUGUUUGUCAGUGAAGAAAACGUUAACGAGUUUCUUGAUGAGGUUUUGAGCUCUCCAUUCAAACAGACAAUACCCCUGACCCCACCAUUAAUUGAAGUUCUUCAGAUUACUGAUAAUAAUAUUCAAAUUCAUGCAAAGUUGCAAGAGAGUAGUAACUCUCAUGAGCUUCAUGUAAAGGAAGGAGUCAAUGAAGGAAGUCAUUUGACUGAAAAAGAAAAUAUAGAACAUCUUAUCACCACUACAACUGAACAAGAACAAACACUGGGAGAUGCCAGACCUUCUGAUUCAUGUGUAGCAGAUAAUGCACUAGUAACAGACAGUUGUGGUUCAGUUGCAUACUUGAAACAAGAGUCUCGUGAUGUUUUUCAAGUGCUAUCUGGAAAAUCUCAGCAACCUGAGUCAAAAAUGGAACCUGAAUUUAUAAAAGAAAAAUGUGCUGUUUACUCAAAUGAGGAAAAACAGAAUUUAAAAGAACCAGUAUUAACUGGAGAGAAAGAAUUAGAUGGAGAUUACCUAUCUUCACUACAGAACAAAACUACAGUUCACAAUAUAUCUGCUUUUGAAAGCAUAAAAGAAACCAAUAUGCAAGAUGGUAGUGUGCAAAUUAUGAAAGAUCAUGUGACUCACUGUGCAUUCAGUUUUCGGAAUUCUUUGCUAUAUGACUUAGACUAAUUCUGUAUAAUUUUAAAAUUUAAAGGUUAAUAAUAAAAAAAAAUUAGGACCUCAAUAUUCUGUUAAAUAUUGUCUUAAAACUAAAUCUAUUCAGGAAAGUAUAAAGUUAAAAUUUCCCAUUUUUAUUCUAAUUGGGAAACUGGAGUUUUUUGGGCUUUUUGUUUGUUGCCUCUAGAGAGUUUAAAUAAAUUUUCCUUAAUUAUGGAGAUGAGUUUUGUGAUUCCUCUGAUAGAUGUGUUUUUCUAACGAAGAGUUAAACUUUAGUUUUAAUAUAACCUGUUACCUAUUUUGUAGUUUUUUGCUUCUGUUUACCAUUACUUUAAUAAAGUUUCAAAACAAAUAUUCACUAAGUUAUAAUUCUAUUACAAAAAGGAAUUCUCAAGAGUAUAAUUAACUAGAAAUGAGUGUGUGUGUUAGAAUCUCGAAACUAUUAGUUUAUAAGUGUCACACAGCAGGAUGUAUUUAUGCUUGAAAUAGAGCUUCUUAGGCAAGUACUAACCAAUAUUAAUGAUCCAAACAAUUACAAUACAAAUACACCUAAUGAAAUUUAGCAUUUUUAGUGCAGCUCUGUUUUACUCUUAUGUAUGUCACACAAACUAUAAUAAAGGUUAAAUUGUUUAGUAAUGAUUCUGAAAAUUUAACUUUUAAAAGAAAUUUUGGAAGUUACUAUUGCAGUAUUAAAACAUCUUUUGGUUUAAUAGAAUACAUUUAAGAAUUUUAGAACAAGACAAAAAAAAUCUGACAAUUUGCUUCCAUAGGAAAAUUUUCUUCAUUCUAUUAUUACACGAAGAGAAAAAGCCAGUGUUUUCUAAUCAUUUUCUUUUAUGACACCUAUAAGAGAGCAACCAAUCACAUAUCUAAGUAAUUAGUUUUGUGGAAUAGUAUUUUUAUGUCAGACCAGGAGAAAAUUCUAACAUUUUUAACACAAAUUUAUAUUAGAGAAUGAAAGACGAUGCAGGAAGGAAAACCUUUGUUCUAAUCGAGGCCAUGGGCUGAUCUAUUUGUUUUAGAAACAGCUAGCAAUUCAGACCUCUGGUUUUAGCUUGGUCCUGGAAAUUGCCUAAUAUCUUUAGUCCUUUGAACUGGGAUGUCAGAUCAGAACACCAAAAACUGGUACAAAGCCUGGUGAUUCAUCUUGAUUUACAUUUAUAGCCCCCAGAUAGAGUUGGGAACCAGCUUGGCAAGUGAGUAGCGUAGAGGUAGUUCAUAAAGCAAGAGAAUGAUCUGCUUCACCUUGGGCAACCAUGUGCAUUUUUCAGCCACAAUCUCAAAACCUAAACCCACUGCCAUCGAGUCGCUCCAACUCAUAACAACCCCAUAGGACAGUGUAGAACUGCCCCAUGGGGUUUCCAAGGCUGUAAAUCUUGACAGAGCAGCUGGUAGGUUUGAACUGCUGACCUAUCAGCCACUGCGCCACCAGGGUUCCUCUUCAACAAUAUGAACUUUAAAUUGAUAACAUUAAUAAUUUUGAGACUGUCCAUUUAGUACAUAAUUUUCUUAGGUUGAAGUGACUAAUUGUAUCUCUUCACAGAAAUUAGCCUUUUAUGAGUAACUUUUUGGUUGAACACAAUUAUACAUUGUUAAAGAAAACUCUAUUAAUACAGAGUAAACUUGAAGCCUACUACCUAUUUUUACUGUAUCUAUAAAAAGUAUGAUUUCAGUUCAAAGUGUUU